AGGCCUCCAUUUUUACCAGGACGCCUCCAACAGCUGUCCACUGGCAUGUCAGCGGGAGUGUCACAGUCUUUCCACAGGGGUCAGAAGUGAAGUGAGCCGGCUGCGUGUAGUGUCCAGAAAGGCUUAUCCUCUCUGUCUACAGCUGGACCAGGACCUGCAGCCCCACCAUGGCGGAUCAGUACCAGUACAACGCCAACGAGGAGAAGAUUGUGAAGGACAGUCACACCAAAGAGAUCGAUCUAAUUAACAGAGACCCCAAGCAGAUCAAUGAGGAUGUAGUGAAGGUGGAGUUUGAGGAUGUCAUUGCUGAGCCGGAUGGCACACACAGCCUAGAUGGGGUGUGGAAGCUCAGCUACACCACCUUCACUGUGUCCAAAUACUGGUGCUACCGCAUCUUGUCGGCUGUCUUCGGUAUUCCUGUUGCCCUGCUCUGGGGCUUCCUUUUUGCCUGCAUUUCCUUCUGCCACAUCUGGGCUGUGGUUCCCUGCAUCAAGAGCUGUCUGAUUGAGUCGCAGUGCGUCAGCCGCAUUUACUCUCUCUGCAUUCAGACCUUCUGUGAUCCAUUCUUCGAAGCCCUAGGCAAAAUUUUCAGCAGCGUGCGCGUGGCACUGCGCAAAGAAGUCUAAGAACUCACACUGCAGUUUUUCAAGUAUGACAGGAUGAUGUGUGGUAUGUUUUUAUACACCAGAAAAACAGUCCUGGCACUUUGCUUUCUCCCAUAUAGUCUUCCUCUUGCCGUUGUAACAAGCUGAUCACCAUCCUCCAACCUGAAAGAUCUGAGACUUGACAUGCCCAGUGUGCAUUUUGCUACCAGAAGCGCUGUGACAGGUGCAGCAGGCAGCAUUUUUUUCUGACAGCUCCAGCACUUGUAUGUGCUUCUCAGUCGAGAAGAAGUGGGCCGUCUAUCACAAAGAAGAUCUGACUAUCUACAUUUAUUUGUAAAAUAAAAAUCUCAUCCAACAGCUUUAUUCUCUCAGAAAAGGGAAGGAACUCCAAAUACUGAUGAACCUGUGGAUGAUGUUCCUGUAUGCGUCACAUUUGGCUGUUUUUAAAAGUUAUAGAUUCUUCUGGUAGUAGCGUUGACAGAUUUUUUUUUUCACAUGAUCUAAAAUGUUUUCAGAUAUAUUUUUCUCUUUAUUUUGACAACACUUCCAAAAACUAUCAAGCUUCUAAUUGAACAGGGACAGUCAUUCAGAUCAUCCUUUUUAUCAGAGUAUCAUGAGAGGAAUAAUAAUAGUUUUUGUUUAGAUAUUUCAGGUGUGUAUGUGAAUGCAUUGACUACUGGCAGAAAAAAGGUGAAAACUUCCUCUUCAAUUUGUGCUCACUGUGUUCUUUAGAAAAGUACAAAUGUAUAAAAGCCAAAUUACACUUUAAUAAUUAUGUUGCACCACUGGUGUAGUAUUUGGUUUAUAAAGAAGAUUCAUUUAAAGGCUUUGCAGAAGUUAUGUAAAAUAUCGCUGUGAUUUGGGGUGUUUUUUUAAAACCUUCAGCCAUCCUGGAAAAACUGACCAGUGGAGUGUGACCCACUAGAGGAUGCUGUUGUGUAUCUUUCAUGUGCUCCUCUUUUGUGUCUGAGACUCAUACUUGAUGAUUCAGUGUUACCACACCCUUCUUUGUUUAUAACCUCAGUGUGUUUCCCUCUCUGUUUCUUUUUCUUUUUGUUAAUCUGUUUUUAGAUUUUCUGUCUAGUUCAACCGUUUGAAUGAUCCAAGCGCACUGGUGAAACAUUCUAACAUUAAAACAGUGAAACACU